UGGAAUAUCUCACUUUCAUUUCAUGUGCCGCGUUGUACAGAGCGUUCGGGGGAAACAAAUUUAAUUGAAAAAUUCAUUUUAACUCAUUUAUUAACAUAUAACUUAACAUAAUGUCACCCCGUCGCAGUGCUCGUAUAUUGGCCAAAAAUGCAGCUUCCAACCAGGAAGCUGCGUCCGCUGCCGUCCAGCCUGCUGCCAGUCGCCGCAUUAUGUCCCGUCGUGGGACCACCAACACCACUGCAAGCCGCCAGCGCACUGGACUGCGCCGCCGCGCUGCCAGCCGGGCGUCCACUGCCACCCGGACCGCCAUCCGCCUCACUGUGCUCAGCCGCAAUGCUUACCGCCGCGCGGCCAACAUCACCGCAAACGAGCGCGCUGCCACCUACCGCCGUGAUAGUGAUCGCCCAGCCGCCAUCGUUUGGAACCGGCCUCACGCUGCAAGACGUCGCAUUGCCAACCAGCCGUCCGCCGAGGGCCAGACAGUUGUCUACCGCAGCACAGGCGACGCUUUUCCCGACCUUUUCCCGAUGAUAAGCGACCUUGAAAAUGUCUUCCAUUUCGGCUACGAGAUUCUUCCUUUGGAAGCCGUCGGAGCGCCGGAGAACGCUAACCGCGUAGCUGCGGCGCAAGCGAACCCAAUGCGAACUAACAUUGGCUUUCGCCGCCUCCACAGCGAGCUGGCGAAAAUGAAGAGCGAACCGACCGAUGGGUGCGAAGUGGAGCUACUUGGCGACUCCAUCUACAACUGGCGGGCCGUCAUUCUCGGGCCCUCGGGGACGCCCUAUGAGGGCGGUCACUUUGAGCUGCACAUACGAUUUCCAACAUUGUACCCGUCUCAGCCACCGUCUUUACAAUUCCGCACCAAGAUUUACCACUGCAACAUACAUCACGGCUUCGUCUGCAUGGAUAUACUGGGCUCGAAUUGGUCGCCGGCCCUGACCGUGGAAAAGUUGCUUCUGUCCAUUCGAUCGCUGCUGGCCGAUCCCAAUCCGGACAGCCCCAUGAAUUGCGUUGUUGCCGAUAUGUACAAGAAAAACCGCCAGCAACAUGACCUCCUGGCACGCGAGUGGACCGCUCGCUACGCCAAGGCUGGCGCUUCACCAUCUGCACAAUCCUAUACAUAGAUACACAGCAUGUCUAAAACUAUGCAAACACCUUCAUUAACAGCGGCCACCAUACAAAUCAAAUACAGAACAUGGGCUACACAGGGGCUACUCGAACAUCAAAUUAAUGUCAAACUGAAAUAAAGGACUAAAUUAAAACUAAACU